AUGCAUGUUUUUCGUGACAGAGGCGCUCGAGGUGCGCGCGCGGCGGGUUGCGCGGGCGCGUUUUGCUGGGGUGAACGGCGUACUCGCAACAUGCUCGCGAGCAUCAAGGGCUUCUGGAAGGUGUGCCGUUAUGGCGACCUUUAUAUGGUGUUGGCGGCCCUUGCCGCUCAGUCCAUCAACAUUUCGGUGGGCUUCUGUCAAGGUUUCUCAGCUGUGCUUCUGCCUCAGUACACACAUGAAUAUCCAGCGAUAACCUACGAGCAAGCCUCAUGGAUCGCCAGUUUAGGUGUGAUAUCGAAUCCUAUUGGAGCGUUACUGGGCGGCAUGUUGGUCGACGCGGUUGGCAGAAGGCUCCUAUUGGAGUCUAUAGUCCUGCCCAAUCUCGUGGGAUGGCUCGUCAUAGCCUUCUCGGAGACCUACGUCUACCUUUGUAUUGGAAGGUUUAUCACAGGAUUUACUAUUGGUAUGUCUACCGUAUCCUACAUAUACGUUGCUGAGAUCACGACUCCAGAAAAACGCGGCGUUCUUAGCGCCCUAGGACCAGGCCUCGUCUCAACCGGCAUCUUCAUCGUCUACUUCUUAGGGGCAUUCAUUCAUUGGAGGAAAAUAGCAGCCAUUUGUGCUGGAGUGUCUCUGCUCACCCCAUUCCUCAUGUACUUCGUCCCCGAGUCCCCCCUGUGGCUCGCUUCAAAAGGCCACAUGAAAGAAGCCUACAGUGCCAUGUUUUGGCUUCGUCAAAACAACAAUACGGCACAACAAGAGCUCAUGGAAUUCACCAAAGACAGAAAAAGUGGAGAAACCAUGACCUUUGGACAGAAAAUGAGUCUCUUUAAAAGACGAAGUGUCGUCAAACCCUUCGCUUUGCUCAUCAUUUUCUUUAUUUUCCAAGAGAUGUCUGGAAUAUACGUGAUAUUGUACUAUGCUGUGGAUUUCUUCAAGUCAGUUGGAACGAGUGUCAAUGAAUUCACAGCCUCCAUUAUAGUUGGUGGGGUCAGAGUAAUUAUGGGAGCUGUAGGAGCUUGUUUAAUCAACAGCUUCAGAAGAAAAACCUUGGCAGCCACUUCAGGACUAUUACUCGGCAUUGCUAUGCUCGGAGCGGCCAUUUGUGACAGUUUAAACGGACCUCCAUUAGUGAAACUGGCUUGUGUUUUGUUACAUGUGUCCUUCAGUAUGGUAGGGUUUCUACAGCUUCCCUGGAUCAUGUCCGGGGAAUUGUACCCUCAAGAUAUUAGAGGGCUCAUGUCCGGGGCUACGUCGUGUUGUGCCUAUGUUUUGAUCUUCUUUAACAUUAAGACUUACCCUCAACUCGAGAAUCUGUUAACGAGUAAUGGAACUCUAUACCUCUUCGGAGGCUUCGCGCUUCUGGGAGCCGCGUAUUGUUACUUUUUCCUGCCAGAAACUAAAGGCAAAUCUUUGACUGAAAUUAUGAAACAGUUCGACGAAGAUAAGAAGGACGCAGACCCAGAAGCUGGGUACGUGAAAGAGAAACCUGCGGAUGAAGGGAAACCAGUACAAAGGCGGCACAGUGCGGGGGCGGCAGUGUCAUUAGAGAAGAGGCCGUCGUGGAUACAAGAAGACUGCAAGAAAACGUAUCGCGAGUAA